GGGAGCUGCCCUCUUCCAACAUGGCGCCGCGGGAGGCGGGUCCCUCUCGCCGGCUCCCGGGUUCCGGUGCCGUGCGUUUUGGUUCCGGAGUAACAGUGCCCUCGCCGCGCCUUCCUCCUCCUCCUGCCGCCGCCGCUGCCGCCGCAGCCGGAACGUUCGGCCUGGGGCGGCCGGGUUUGAGCCCGUGCGCGCCGCGCCCUCCCAGUCGGGGUGGGGAACAGGACUGGCUCCCGACCCUCCCGCGGAAGGCCCUCCUCAGCUUUCUCGUGGUCUGGGGGCUCCGGGGCUCCUUCCAAACAGCUCCCGACUGAGUCCCGUCCAGUCGGGGACCCUCCACUCCCCACUAAGGAGGAGUGGACACCUGCCGCUCUGCCUCCCUAAAACGGGGUCGGAUCCUCACGCCCACGCAGACGGCAGAGAGCUUCACGAUCCCGUUUCGCCCAGUUUUCCAACUCCAGAACCUUCUAACCUCCGCUAGUUCCUACCGGCCCCUUCCUCCUGCUCCGUCCACGCUCACAGGGAGGCAGCUGCGACCCCUUACAGCCUGGGUCUGGCUCGGUGCCUGCGGGCGCCUUCCAGACCCCUCCUUCUCUCUUUACUGCCCCCCGCCCCGUCCUCCUCCCCUCGGUCCCCUUGUCACCUCUUGGAGCCCUCGCUUAACCAGGAUCCAGGGGGUACUUCCUACCCCAGGAUGUGAGUCCCUGUAACGUGUAAUGCUGUGGCUGGCCCUUGGCCCCUUCCAUGCCAUGGAGAACCAGGUGCUGGUGAUUCGUAUCAAGAUUCCAAAUAGUGGCGCGGUGGACUGGACCGUGCACUCCGGGCCGCAGUUACUCUUCAGGGAUGUGCUGGAUGUGAUAGGCCAGGUUCUGCCUGAAGCAACAACCACAGCAUUUGAAUAUGAAGAUGAAGAUGGUGACCGAAUUACAGUGAGGAGCGAUGAAGAAAUGAAGGCCAUGCUGUCCUAUUAUUAUUCCACAGUAAUGGAACAGCAAGUAAAUGGACAGUUAAUAGAGCCUCUGCAGAUAUUUCCAAGAGCCUGCAAGCCUCCUGGGGAACGGAACAUACAUGGCCUGAAGGUGAAUACCCGGGCUGGACCCUCUCAACACGGCAGCCCAGCAGUCUCUGAUUCACUUCCAAGCAAUAGCUUAAAGAAGUCUUCUGCUGAACUGAAAAAAAUAUUAGCCAAUGGCCAGAUGAAUGAACAAGACAUACGGUAUCGAGACACUCUUGGCCAUGGCAACGGAGGCACAGUCUACAAAGCAUAUCAUGUCCCAAGUGGGAAAAUAUUAGCUGUUAAGGUCAUACUGCUAGAUAUUACACUGGAACUUCAGAAGCAAAUUAUGUCUGAAUUGGAAAUUCUUUAUAAGUGUGAUUCAUCAUAUAUCAUAGGGUUUUAUGGUGCGUUUUUCGUAGAAAACAGGAUUUCAAUAUGUACAGAAUUCAUGGAUGGGGGAUCCUUGGAUGUAUAUAGAAAAAUUCCAGAGCAUGUCCUUGGAAGAAUUGCAAUAGCAGUUGUUAAAGGCCUUACCUAUUUGUGGAGUUUAAAGAUUUUACAUAGAGAUGUGAAGCCCUCCAAUAUGCUAGUAAACACAAGAGGACAGGUCAAGCUGUGCGAUUUUGGAGUUAGCACUCAGCUGGUGAAUUCUAUAGCCAAGACGUAUGUUGGAACAAAUGCUUAUAUGGCGCCUGAAAGAAUUUCAGGGGAGCAGUAUGGAAUCCAUUCUGAUGUCUGGAGUUUAGGAAUCUCUUUCAUGGAGGAGCAGCAUACAGAUGCUAGAAGUAUGAGAAUACUACCCAAUGAUGACUCCCUUGACUUUGAAAUGUCUAGAAACAGAAGUGUAGAGUUGGUUGAACCAGUGGACUAUACCCCAGCACUGAUGUUUUCUCAGCUACUCACAGCUGCAUGACUCCAGUGAGCAAUUUAGAAAUGGAGAAACACCCCCCCAUGCCCUGCCCCAUACCCAGAGCUAGGUUUGCAGGGACUGUUACCAUGAUUGAAGUUGUGUACUGUUAGAGGACACAGGUCAGCAUUAUACAAACAUAUUGAAAGGGUGUCAUUUCUUAAUUCUCACUGUGAAGAUUAAAAUGGUUAUUGAAAGUACACGAGAUGGAUUGAAGGACAGUUAACUCCAGUCUUUUUCCCUGCUUGCAACCCCUAAGUCUUUAAUAAGAAAUAAGCCAUUUAAAUUAAUCAUAAUGCUUAAAUAUGUCAAAGUGAUUAUUCUAAGCAGUGAUGUGUAAGAGGGCCUUGUCAGUUAAAACUAUCAACCCACAUUACUGAAGAGUUUGUAUACUAUGUUCAUUAAAGUAGUGCAGCGCAGAGGGGCACCUGGGUGGCUCAGUCAGUUAAGCGUCCGACUCUUGAUCUCAGCUCAGAUCUUGAUCUCAGGGUCAUGAGUUCAUGCCCCGCGUUGGGCUCCAUGCUGGGUGUGGAGCCUACAUUAAAAAAAAAAAAAAAGGUAUCAUAGCAUAGAAACAACUAACAUGCACUGCCAGGUUGGGUAAGCUCUAGAAGACCUCACCAUCAGGGGGUUUAUCAUAAUCAACAAAUGCUUAUUGUCAGCCGACUGCAAAAUACCAUUUCUGGUGUCAUGAAGAACACAAAAGUAUAUGACUUAAGAGUCUGCCCUUAAACAAAACUCAAAAUUUACCAGGCCUUAGAGACACAGGAAGAUGUAGAACACUAGGAAAUGUCACCAGCUAGGAUGUGCUCCGCUGCCCAGUGAAUGGUAUGGACAGGGAGUGAUAGGAAUUUUGUCUUCAAAAUUGUGUUCUGGGAUUAACUCCCAGCAGAAAAGGAGUAGUAAUUUGAACCAAGUCCUGAAAGGAUAGGUAACCCGGACUUCCAUUUGUUCAUCUGUUGUUACACCAUCUUAGAAUCCAGAUAGAGAAACUGCCUCCAGUAUUGCAUUUUGAGUUGUGCAAAAAUUUGAAGUUCAUUUUUCUAUUAGAAAAGUAAAUUGUUUGCUUUCAGCCAUCAUGACUGGACGUUAUCUCUUUUUAAUUUAGAGUUUCUCACUGAAUUUCCUUUCAGUGCACAAGACACCAUCAAAAGAGACCUUUGCAGUUGUUUCUCAGUGACUUUUAGAGAUUUAUAUUACCCAAUUAGCAUUGUUCUGAGUAAAGAUACCGGUGGAAAUCAACUUGGAACAAUCCUCUGAUUGAACAAUCCUCUGACCCACUACAAAAGUGGGUCUCUUCAAAUAGAGAGGGUUUUCUUUUUUUAAUCAGCUGCUUCAUAUUUACUAUGGCCAAGUUGAAAUUGUGUAUUGCAUUUAAACGGUAAUAUUCAUGCAAAAAAUUAUUCAAAGUUUUUGCUCCAGUGUAGUAUAGAUAGGUUGAUAGAUAUAUACACACACAUAUACAAACACACACAGUCUGAAAGAAAACGAUGCAAGUGAAAUAGCAUUGUGGGAGAGGAAGGAGAAUUUAUGUGUUGGGACAGCAGGGUGAGAAGGACCGAGCAACGUUUAAAGAUUCAAAACAAUAGCAUUUAGCAUGAAAUCUCCUUUUUAUCAUCCUUACCCAGCCAUCAGAAUGAAGAAAGACAGUGUCCAGCCGUAGCAGUAGUCUGGUAGCAGGAGAAUUAGAAGUAAAGGUACUGGUGCCCGAGGGGUGGGUCAUGAAUUAAUAAUUGCUAUGUGGCGGACGAGCCCGUCAGAAGAGCUGAAAAUGAGGAAGCUGCCUUGCAGAGCGCUAUCAAUCACUCAGUGACCAUAACUUCCAGUAAUUAGUGUAUUUUAUGGGCCUUUGCUUCAGUGGCUCGAAAGCACAUAUGCUGCAGUCACAGCUAAACUUCGCCGGAGUAAUAUUCCAGGGUGAUUUAUCCUGCUGCUGCACUGGGAUAUGCCCCUCUAUUAGGUGAAGACUGUGAACUAAGCUGCAAUAAAGUGUAAGUUUAGGUACAGUUUGCCCAGGUUGAGACCUCAAUGUAUCAUGCUCUUCAGCAUCCACGGUUAGGCUACAGCAAGCAAUCAUUUUUAACCGUGAAACAAAUAAAGCAAUUAAUGGAACAGCACUAGGAUAUUGUACUUGUGAAUUACCGUUGCCCUCUCUCCAUUUAAGUGUCCACUGUAAUAAGCCCAUUUCUAAUUAAAAAAAAAAAAAACCACCACACUCUAUUGGAAACAUUUAUUUGUAAUGCUGUCUUUUCUCCACUAUUACUAGUAAUCUGUGGGAUAGAAUGGAGGACCUUCCGAAUGAUGGGGAAGGACUUGAUUUAUUUCUUUGUGUUACCGCGUUUGACCUCCUUCAGUUAAAAUAAAUUUACUUUUUAUCCAUG